AUGCCGACGAGCGAGGACGAUGCGCGCGCGGCCGGGGCAGCCGCCCCGGACGCGCUGGAGUCGGCCGCUGGCACUGCAAAGCAGACGGCGACAGAUGGAGGUGAAAGGCUCGUCAUGUUUUUCCCGGAGCGCACCGCGCUGACAUCUGUUGGCGACGCCAAGCAACAGGCAGUGGUCCCGCAGCCAGCCAGCCAGCCAGCCAGCCAGCCAGCCCUCCGGUGGCAGCAGCAGUCCAGCCAGCAGCAGCAGCAGCAGCAGCCGCCGCCGCCGCCCCGGAGCAUAUUGACAGCCGUGGCCGGUGCACGGCUUUUGCAGUACCUGGAGAUGCGCUUCGGCGUGGCGGCCCAGCUGUGCGCCAGCAUUGCCUUCUCGCUGCAGAUGGUGCUCUACACGGGCAUAUUGCUGUACGCGCCCGCGCUCGCCAUCCGCGCCACCACAGGACUUCUGAUGCCAUUGUAUGUGGUGGACACAAUGAGCGGCAUGCCGGGCCUCUUCAUCGCUGGCAUCUUCAGUGGUUCCCUGAGCACCGUCUCGUCGGCCGUCAACUCGCUGGCUGCCGUCACAUUGGAGGAUUACUUUAAGCCACUGUACGUGCGGUACCGGUGCCACCCGCUGGCGGAGUCGCGGUCGCCGCUUGUGGGGAAGCUGCUGGCACUGGUGUUCGGACUGCUGUUCCUGGGACUGGCCUUCAUGGCGCAGUUCCUGGGUGGCGUGCUGCAGGCCAGCCUCACGAUAUUCGGCGCCGUCGGCGGACCCGUGCUCGGCUUCUUCUCGCUCGGCAUGUUCCUGCCCCACGCCAACGAGCCGGGAGCCAUAACGGGCCUGGCCACGGGGCUCGCCUUCUCCAUGUGGGUCGGCUUCGGCGUCUCCCGGCCGGACGCAGUGAGGCUGCCCACCAGGACGGACGGCUGUGACUUCAACGUUACGGCCACACCGCCGCCGCCCACCCAGGACCCCAGCGAGUACUUCUACCUGUACCGCGUGUCGUACCUGUGGGUUGUCAUGCUGGGAUUCCUGCUGACACUCGUCGUGGGCGCCGUCGCGUCGUGGGUGGCGGGCGUCACCUGCAAGGGGGACCGCAGCUUGCCGCCGCCAGACCCCGACCUCUUCGUGCCGCCAGUCCGGAGGGUGCUGCUCGCGAGGAGAGGGCGCAGGGGCUCCAACCCGGUGCAGCUGACACGUGUGGCCGGUGACCUGUCCAAUGGUGUGGGACCAGCUGCAGACACCAAGAGCCAGGAGGAGCCGCUCAAUGGCAUAGGUGGCCACCACGUCACCCCAAUGUGAUGUCGACAGAGUACAGUGGGGACUGCUGUGAGCUGAAAGGUGCUGAUCUGCAGGUUCCCAGCCUGAGACAUUCCAGCCUUCUCUACAGAGGCUGCAACAACUUAGUCUAUUUAUUUUCUAGUUUUGUAAAAAAGGAAAAAAAAAUGUAAACACUCAGUAUUCCUCAGUUUGUAAUAGCUGUGCUUUUUAUUCUCAGUUCUCUUCUGUUCAGCUGAAUUGCUGCAAAUAAUAAAGCACUGCAAAAUCAGUUUUAUAGGUGCAUGAAGUCUCGACAGAAGCAGCCAAAGAGAGUGGGAGAGAUUAUAUGAGACAGAAAAAUGUUGCUGAAGUUAACUGGAGAUGCAAUACUGCGCAGUGUAGAAACUUUCACAAAUGUAACAUUUCAGUGGACUUAUUAAA